AUGGCCACUGUUGAGGUUGUAUCAGCAAAGGUUGCCCUCCCAGAGGACACAAUUGAGUCAUCAUUGAAGGGCGAUGAGGGAAAGAAAGAAGAGAUAGUUGAGACUCCAACACCAACGCCAGCACCAGAGUCUGUCACUGAGCAAACCAAGGAGGAAACUACUGAGGCCCCACAAGCUGCAGCAUCAGAAGGCAAGUCCUCCGUUGAAGUUGAGACUAAAGAAGUGGCAGAAGAGGUUGUGUCUGAGACUGUCGCAGAAGAGUCAACAGUUGAGAAGACCGAAGAGGAAACUUCAAAGGAAGAAGGUGAGACAGAAGCUGCUGAGGAAGCAAAAGAGAAUGUUGAUCCUGUUGAGAUGAAGACACCAGAAGCUACAGAACCAGUGACGGAGACCGAGAAAGAAGAUGGUGUUAAAGAAGAGAGAGAAGCUGAUGCUGUAGCUAAGGAAGAGGUAAACACAGAAGCCCCAGAAGAGAAAAGUGAGGAGGAGAAGGUUGAGACAGAAGGGCCAGAUGAAAAGAAAGAGGAGGAAGUGAUCGCAAAGGGUGAGAAGAGCGAGGAGGUGGCAGUGACAGAGGCUCCAACUGAGAAGGCUGAGUAA